CAAUUCAUGAAUAUAUAAGCUGGAUGGCCAGGAGAAAGAAGUGUUAAAAAGGAAAUUAAGCAUGGAGUGCAUAAAACCAAGUGUCGCUGUAAGAGCACCACCUUCUGAGGUUUUUGAUGAAUUAGGCUGUGCAGCGGCGGCGCUGGAUGCACCGCCACCGGCGAGUAGUGGAGUUGUAAGAUCAACUAGAGAUCUUCCGCCAGCUCAUUACACAUUUCAAAUAAAGAAUUUCUCGUUUCUGUUUAAGAAUGAGGUUAAAAAAUGUGAAUCGGGCCAGUUUGAAGUUGGCGGCUAUCAAUGGAGAUUGGUACUACAACUCCACACAGAUGGGAAGAAGAAUAUAUAUUGCAAUCAUGGGAACGAUCACAUCUCUUUGUAUUUGGCAAUAGCAAAUCAAAAUAAUCUUUUGCCUGGUUGGGAGGUUAACGUAAACUUCAAGUUCUUUGUGUUUGAUCAAAUACGCAACAACUACCUGUGUGUUCAAGAUGGGAUUGUAAGACGCUUCCAUAACUUAAAAACUGAAUGGGGAUUCACCCAAUUACUUCCACUCGAUUUUCUUGGCGAUCCUUCGAAUGGUUAUAUUGUUGACGACACAUGUGUCUUUGGGGUCGAAGUUUUUGUUAUGAAAGUGACUGGCAUGGGGGAGUGUUUAUCAAUGGUUAAGGAAUAUCCUAGUUCCCAUCAAUUCAAUUGGAAAAUUGACAAAUUUGACCCGCUGAAAGACUAUUCUUAUCUCUCUCAUGUCUUCCUUGUUGAAGGGCGUAAAUGGAGGUUGAAGCUCAAUCUAAAGGGAAUCAAAAGCGUAGCAGACGGAUUCUUGUCUCUCUAUCUCCAGUUUGAUGCUUCAGAAACUCUUACUUGUGGCCGAUCAAGAUUGUACGCAAACUACUGGCUGCAAAUAAGGGACGAAGUUAAAGGCAACCACCUUGAAGAAACAGGUGAGCGCUGGUUCUUGGACACUGUUGGCUUUGGUUUCCCAAGCUUUUUGUCCCUCAGAGAUCUCAUGGAUACCUCAAAAGGCUACGUAAAGGGUGAUGCUUUGUCCGUUCAAUGCAGAAUUGAAUUCAUAUAUGUUGUUAAGGAGUACUUCUCCUCCUAAAGUAAUUGGAGAAAAAAGCUAUAUAUAUAUACACAAUAAUUCAGUACUAGUUGUGCAGUUGAAAAUUUCAACACAAGCUCCGCAACAUUAUGUCAAGUACUAAAGCAACUAGUAGUACUACUGUUACAAAUGUAAAAUGUAAUUUCAUAAGUGAAAGAAAUCAAACAAUUUCUAUAUUA